AUGCAACGGCCCCUGAAUUACCCGUACCCCCAGAUUUUCUGGGUGGACAGCAGUGCCAGCUCUCCCUGGGCCCCUCCAGGGUCAGUCUUCCCCUGUCCGUCCUCUGUGCCAGGAAGGCCCGGGCAAAGGAGGCCACCGCCACUACCACCACCUCUGAAGAAGAGGAGGGACCACAACACAGGCCUGUGUCUCCUCGUGAUGUUUUUCAUGGUUCUGGUGGCCCUGGUUGGAUUGGGGAUGGGACUAUUUCAGCUCUUCCAUCUGCAGAAGGAACUGGCCGAACUCAGAGAGUCCACCAGCCAAAGGCAUACAGAAUCAUCUUUGGAGAAGCAAAUAGGUCACCCCAAUCCACCCUCUGAGAAAAAGGAGCUGAGAAAGGCAGCCCAUUUAACAGGCAAGCCCAACUCAAGAUCCAUCCCUCUGGAAUGGGAAGACACUUAUGGAAUUGCCCUGGUCUCUGGGGUGAAGUAUAAGAAGGGCAGCCUUGUGAUCAAUGAAACUGGGCUGUAUUUUGUGUAUUCCAAAGUGUACUUCCGGGGUCAGUCCUGCAACAACCAGCCCCUGAACCACAAGGUCUACACGAGGAACUUUAGGUACCCCCAGGACCUGGUGCUCAUGGAGGGGAAGAUGAUGAACUACUGCACUACUGGCCAGAUGUGGGCCCGCAGCAGCUACCUGGGGGCUGUGUUCAAUCUCACCAAUGCUGACCAUUUAUAUGUCAAUGUAUCUGAGCUCUCUCUGGUCAAUUUUGAGGAAUCUAAGACAUUUUUUGGCUUAUAUAAGCUCUAA